AUGUGUGAAAUAGAAGUCAUUCGCAGAGGUUGUAAAUCGUUUAAAUCCUUAACUUCUCUUCCGGUGAUAACUAGGCGUUCAAAGGUGAGUUUAUUUUUCAGAUAUGAUAAUAGCCUAAUUUUAGCUUGACGUUUCUUACUGUGAAUUGGAUUCAUUGUACUUUCACAAGGAGUCUGCACAAAAUGUUAUUGUAAUCGACGCUAGUGGGGAUAAAAUAGAAGAUUCGAGCGGACUUCACUUGUUUACAUCUUUAGAGGAGUUGAAUUUGAGUUUCAACAAAUUAAAGGUAACGAAUUUCUUUUCUUUAUAGUUUUUUUAGAAGUUUGAAGCUAAUUACUUUACUCAAGGCGUUCUGACAGUGUUGAAUUUGGAUGGAAAUGCUAUUGGGGACUCGCUUGAUGUGUCAGCCUUUACCAAACUCAAAUUCUUGAGUCUGAAUUCGUGUGAAUUGAGCACGUUGACAAUGGCAAAUACUUUUCCGAUCACAUUGAAGACAUUGUUGUUGCGUGAUAAUAGAAUAGAAGACCUACGAGAAGUAAAUCAUAUUCGACACUUGGAGCUUCUGGAAGAAAUAGACUUGUCCAAAAACCCAUGUCUGUCACAAUUGGACAGUUCUUUGGCCAGGAUUGCCCUGAAAGCCCUUAUUUACUUGAAUUUAAACACUAUUAAUGGUGUCAAGUUGGAUUCAGAUGCUCAGUUACGUGGUAUGUUAUGAUUGAAAUUCACCUGAUUCUCUAUUGCCGUUAUUUUUAAUGAAAUUUAGUGGUCUUUAAUGUUAUUUUAGCCGAAUCGCUUCAAAUGAUGGGUGUGGCAAAACUGAAAACUAACAAUGUUAACCACAACAGCCUUAUUGAGUUCAUAAAACAAAAAACUGUGAACUACGAACCUCCAAAGACUCCGAAUCCUGCUGUGAAGACGGUAGGUUUUAUUACCUAAUUUUAUGAUAUUUAGUUUUUUUGAUAUUUUAAUAGCUGAUUGGAAAAAAAACUUAUGCCAUCUCACUUUCUAGGGUUUGACUAUGUCUGCGCCAGCUGUAAGGCAUCGCACACCGCUACGAUCAUCGACAAACACAACUCCAUUCCGACAACGUUCUAUGAUGCCGAGAAAGCCACUGGAAAUAGAUUCUGGUCGACCGUGUUCUGUAGAAGCUGAAAACUCGAAAUUGUCACCAAAUGAAAAUGCUCACGAAGUUAGUGCAACAUCAUUGAGAAGCAAAGAUAUAGACAACUUGGCAUCGAUGAACAUCACUGAGAUGGAUUUUUAUGAUAGUAUGGCCGACGAAUCCUUUUCUUCAUCUCGUACUGUCACCAUAUCAAAAGAAAAUGACUUGUCUAAGUACGUGGUACUUUCAAGCUGUUUUACGUGUUGUAAACUGUUUUAGAACAUUAGAAAGUAGAAGUUAAUGUAAAGCAAUUUUAACUUUUACUUAAGUAACAUAGUAUUUUUAAAGUUUUAUCUCAGAUUAUGUUUAGUCAAGUGUUUAUUCCUCAAUGUUCUAAACCAUUCCAAAAACUGAACGUGUCACAGUCCUCUCGGAAGUCGGUUGGGGAGAUGUUGAAGACUCAGCAUAUGAAUCGACUGAAGACUCCGAAGUCGGCAAAGAAGAAAGGGGUACCUCUAAAAGCAAUGGUAAAUAGAUUGUUGGCUCAAUCCAAGAGAGAAUUUGUGGAGGAAAUUGCACUUUUAAAACAGAACCAGUCGAGGCUGGAGUCUCAGAUAGAGGUAUGUUUAAGUUGUCGUAGCUUGCCUUUAUAAGCGUUUACGUUUUAUUACUUUUUAAAGCUUGUAUCACUUUUUUAGGUAUUAGAAAAAGAAAACCGCGACUUGAAGGAUUUCGUUGAGGAUCAGUUGGAGAUCGUGCCUACUGACAUUAAAUUCAAACAUUACUCUGGCAGCAACUUUAUUAUCAAGUGGAAGAACGUUCCCAAAAUGAUGUUGAACAUUGACAGUACGUUCAAUUUUCUUUUCAUUUAUUCAGAAUUAGAGCAAUUAAAUUAUAAUCUUUAUCUAUCAUGUACCCCUUACGACUUUCUUAUUGUGUUGUUACCUAAAUAUACUUUUUUCAGGGCAUGAGCUUGAACUGAACGGUGAAGUUUUCAACGUUCGUGGAACGAAUGAGAAAGCGCUAAUUGCUGAUCCCCGAGAUAGAGAAACGUGAGUUUUACAGUUUGAAGUCCUUAUUCGUAUUUUACAUCAAAAUCUUUAAUAUUCAUUUUGCAGGAUCAAGAUUCGUACGGUUAACAAGAAAACAGGCAAGAAGUCCACUGCUACCGAAGUGGUCUUCUCCAAAUCACCUAUCAGGGAAAACGACAAGGAGAACUACAUGUAA